AUGAAGAACAAAAAUAUUCCAUUCAAUGAGUCUAUAGAAUAUAUCAAUAGAAUUUAUAAAUUUGACAGUCUUAGUAACAUUCUAAAUCAUCUGAUAAACGUCAAGAAGAAAUUAAAAGAAAGCAAGUAUCCUUAUGUUAGAAAUUUUAUUAAUCGUUUAAAAGGCCAUUCUGAUGCCAUCAAUUUACUAGAUGUCCUUUUAUUUUCAAUGAUGUAUAAGGUUAGAAUAACAUGGAAGAAAGAGUAUUGUUACUUAAAUAUUUGGUUUUCUUUAGCUGUUAAUGAUUCAUCAUUGAAUGUAAACGAAUUGGUCACUGAUAAUUUUACUAUAAAAAUGAUAAGUGAGGGUAAUUCUAGAUUUAACGUUGAACAUUUAUAUAAUCCUAUUUAUCAAAUUUCUAAAACUUUCUUCUACGAUACUUCUUUUUCUAGUGAUAAUUAUCUAAAAAAACACCCAAUUGGUUUUGUAAAAAAACCCAGGAUUACAAAUGAAAAAUUUGCAUCGAUGGCUCUAGAUAGUGCUGUUUCAUUAAUUACUACAUAUGAUAUUGAUGCCAUUGUGGGCAUUGUUGAUAAAAAGUCUUUGUGUAAUAGUAUACGUGGUUCAUUUAACCUAAAUUUUACUGCAUUGAAAAAUGCAUUUACAAAACUUUUACUGACAAAAAGAUAUCUGUUUUAUCAUAAAAACUCUGUUUAUAAUAUAAAAAAUUGCUCGUUUAUUUAUCUUGGAUUCUUUUCAUUAAAACUCGGAGAUCUGAAUUUAUUCAUUAUAUCAACGAAAAGUGAUACCACACAAGAUAAAUAUGAUAAAUUGUAUUCUAUUUUUAAAUCUUUUAAAAGUUAUGAUAGCACUAAAGUAGACGAUAAAAGGGUCUUUUGUGCUAAACAAAUAGUAGUUAAUGAACCAGAUAAAAAAAUAACAGGUAUCAUUACAGAAGAAAAUAUCCACUGCUUUUUUACAUAUUUAUAUGAUUCGUGCAAAAGAAAACCUAUCUUUUUUGUAGAAGUUUUAGGCAAUAAGUCUAAAACUCAAUCGAGCCAUUAUUUGUUGUUGCUAAAAGAAUUACAAGCACAAUUAUGUAUUGAAAAUUUACCUUUUUUAAAAAUCGACCUUUGCAUUGAAAAAAGUUCUAAAGAACCCUUUUUAACUUGUGCAAGCGAGGUGAUAUUGAAUAAGUUGGGAUAUAAAUUUACCCACAAGAUUUUGUUUAGUAACUUGAUAGGUAACUGCCACCACAAUAAUCUAACAAAGAAAAAAGAACAAUAUAUUUAUACGAACAGCUUUAUUGACAAAAUAAACUUCUAUAGCUCAAUAGAGGAUAUCACCAAAAAAUGUAGAAACAAUACAUUUUUACCAGAGGUAAGUAUGGCUUUUUUGGAUAUGUCACUUUUAACUGUAUGUAGUAAAAAGCUGAAUAAAGUAGAGAAGAAAAGAAUCGAUUUUAGAAAUAUGAUAAACAACUUCAGUGUCGUACCGAUAAGUUAUAGACAAGAAGUAAGAAUAUCGCCAGUCUUUUUUCUUGAAAUUAUUAAUACAAUUGACUCAAGUUAUCUAGAAGCAUUUAAUUUUAUCCCAGUUCAACGUGUUAAUGAUAUUUUAAAAAGUAUUACAACUUCAUAUUUAAUUCAAUUUGUACCUCCUAAAACUGAUUUUGAUCUUUUCAGAUUUAUUUUAUAUGAGUUUUGUUAUAAUAACAUUUUUUUAAAGGGAGAACAAGAUACCAGAAGACGUUAA